AUGGAAGGAGACGGGGGGGGUCCUCGCUGCCUUGGGGGUGCCCCCCUGGGCUCCCCGCCGCGGUCCCGGGCGCUCUCGGAGCGUGAGCCCAUCCUCGACCCUUCUCUGCACCACCACCUCGACCGCAAGAUCAAGCCAUGGAGCAACGACGUGGCCGUGGGCCAAGAAUCGUGGGGCGAGAGCAUCACCUGGGUCAUCUUCCUCAUCUCCUACUGGGGUGAGCAGAUUGGGCAGAAGAUCCGCAAGAUCUCAGACUGCUUCCACUGCCACGUGUACCCCUACCCGGAGAGCGAGGCCAGCCGGGCGGACACCAUGAGCGGGCUGCAGAGCCAGAUCCAGGACCUCAGCGUGGUGCUGGAGGAGACGGAGCAGUACCUGGCGCAGGUGUUGGACAAGGUGGUGCUGGCACUGCCCACCUGGAGGGUGCAGGUACAGAAGAUGAAGGCCAUCUACCUCGUCCUCAACCAGUGCAGCUUCGAUGUCACCGAGAAGUGCCUCAUCGCCGAGGUCUGGUGCCCCGUGCGGGACCUCACCCAAGUGCAGGACGCCCUGCGCCAGGGAUCGUACAAGAGCGGCUCGAGCGUGGAGUGCUUCGUGCAGCGCAUCCCCACCUCGGAGAGCCCUCCAACCCUCAUCCGCACCAACAAGUUCACCGCCGGCUUCCAGAGCAUCGUGGACGCCUAUGGGGUGGCCAGCUACCAGGAGGUGAACCCCGCGCCAUACGCCAUCAUCACCUUCCCCUUCAUCUUCGCCAUCAUGUUUGGGGACGUGGGGCACGGGCUGCUCAUGUUCCUCUUCGCUCUCUGGAUGGUGCUGUUCGAGAACAGCCCCAGCCUGCGGCAGGGCCUCCACCAGAUCUGGCUGACGUUCUUCGAGGGGCGCUACCUCAUCCUGCUCAUGGGGGCCUUCUCCAUCUACACCGGCUUCAUCUACAAUGAGUGCUUCAGCAAAGCCACCUUCUUCUUCCCCUCUGCCUGGAGCGUGGCCACCAUGGCCAACCACUCCUCCUGGAGCUCUGCCUACCUCGCCACCCACCAGUUCCUCACCCUGGACCCCAACGUCACCGGCGUCUUCCAAGGACCCUAUCCUUUCGGGAUUGACCCUAUCUGGAGCUUGGCCACCAACCACCUCAACUUCCUCAACUCCUUCAAGAUGAAGAUGUCCGUGGUUCUGGGCAUCGUGCACAUGGGCUUCGGCGUCUUGCUGGGGGUCUUCAACCACAUGCACUUCCAGCAGCGGCACCGGCUGGUGUUGGAGUUCCUGCCCGAGAUGGUUUUCCUGCUGGCGCUCUUUGGCUACCUCGUCUUCCUCAUCUUCUACAAGUGGAUCAAGUUCAGCGCCGCCGACUCCCUGGUGGCCCCCAGCAUCCUCAUCCACUUCAUCGACAUGUUCCUCUUCACCUCCAACGCCGGCAACCUCCCGCUCUACCGGGGGCAGGUGGCGGUGCAGACCGUGCUGGUGGUGCUGGCGCUGGCGUCGGUGCCCGUCCUGCUCCUGGGGACACCGCUCUACCUCUGCUGCCGGCGCCGCGCGCGGAGGACGGGCCACCCUGCGCCGGUGGCCGCCGGGGAGCAGGAGCCGCUGCUGGAGGGGCAGGAGGCCGGCAACUCCGUCAACGCCACCAAGGAGGACGUGGAGAGCGGUGGGCACAGCCCUGACGCCGAGCACUUUGACUUCGCCGAGGUCUUCAUGCACCAGGCCAUCCACACCAUCGAGUACUGCCUGGGUUGCGUCUCCAACACCGCGUCCUACCUGCGGCUCUGGGCGCUCAGCCUGGCCCAUGCCCACUGA